AUGGCCGAGACAUCCGCGUGUUCCGAAGAAUACCGUGAAAUGUUUUGUGAACGCUGUGAAGCAAAAGGAGAAUAUGCACCCGCGGAAGGAUUUUGUGUCACAUGUAAAGACUAUUUAUGCAGAACAUGUUAUAAAUACCAUGGAGAAUAUAGGGUUUCUCAUAAUAUGCAAACAGAAAAUGAGAUGCCACAGGACUUUUGCCUUGAAAAAUGUCUGAAACAUAGUAAAUUUAUUAAGUUCUAUUGUGAAACAUGUGAACGUUUCGCUUGCAAAACUUGCAAGACAGAGUGUCGAGAAAUACGUGAUUCGGAUCAUAAACAUGCAUGGGAACAUUUGCCUAUGUUUAUGAAACACAGCGAAGAUUUAAGCAGGUCAGUUAUAAAUCAUAUUGCAAUCUUGAAAGAAAAAGUUGAAAACAUGUAUAAAAUAGUUGAAGAAAACAAACCAAUCAAUACAGAUUGCGACAUAAAGGCAACAAAUGCAUUGUCAAUUCAAAGAUACGAAUUCAAUGCACACCUUGACGCAAUCGAAUUAGAAUUUCAAGCAAGUAAACAGAAGGUCAAGCUAGAAAACGCGAAUGGAAUUUUGACAGUUACAAAAGAACUUGAAUCUAUAAAAUCAGAGAUUAAUAAGAUGGAACAUGAUUCAAAACAACUGGAAAAACUUGGCGAUAAAUGCAGGUUGUUCAUAACAACGAAGUUGCAAAACAGUACUAUUGAAACAUUAGAUAACAGACUGAACGUACUGGAAAAGCAAAAUUCCAUACAUGUCUAUGGUUUUAAACCGAACGAAAUAAGAGUCAAUGCUGAAGAUUUUGGUACAUUCGAAUUAUCAGAUACUUACCGAAAACGAGAGGCGAAGCACGUUCUUGACAUUGAAACAAAAUUUAAAGAUACAGUUAAUGACAUUUGUUUGUUAAACACGUCUUGUUUGAUUGCUAUUUGCUUUGGCCAAAGAAUGAUGAAGGUUUUUCUUCCAGAUAGUGGCGGAGAAGUGUCUUCAUUGAAACUGUCCGGGAAUCCACUGAGGUUAGCAGCGAUAAGAGAAGAUCAGGUUGCAGCUACUCUAAGGAAUAACAGACAAGGAAAGAUUGUUUUUGUUUCUGUUUUACUCAACGGUUUACUCAAGGUUACUUCCGAAAUAUUCACUUAUCCAUCGUGCAGGGCGGUCGUACACUACAAAGGAAAACUGAUAGUUUCUUAUACUGAGCCAGAAAACAAAGUUGUCAUUUUAGACUACACCGGGAUUGAAUUACAGUCAUAUACGUUUACAAACCCGUUUAACGUUACUCUUAGUCGUGACCAGACUAAAAUGUAUGUUUCUGUGGAUGGGGAAAAUGGAGUCGCUAUGGCGAACAUGAAUAGAAAUGCACAUACGGUGUAUAAAGAUAAGGAUCUUACUGAACCAAGAGGACUUACUAUUGAUCAAGAUGGGAUUGUUUAUGUUUGCGGAAUGAAGUCCGGCAACGUCCAUUAUUUAACUUCAGAUUUAGAUAAGAUUGGAUUGUUGCUGGGAGAGGCCGACGGUAUUAGGGAACCAGUUUGCAUCGACUACCACGGUAAUAAGAAACGAAUAUAUGUCGGAAUGGUCAAAGGUUUGAUAAAAGUAUUUGAGUUACGAAAUAAAGUUUAA